CCUGUUCCGACUCUGACCCUUCUCCUCUUUUGACCAUUACCAAAACUCCAAAGCUUCCAUCUUUUGAAUUGUCACAAAACCGAAACCCAAAAUUCAGCUAAAAUCCCAAAUUCGAAUUCCAAACAAACCCUAACCCAGUUUUCACAGCUUAAUCCAAUCAGCCAUGGCGUACGUCGAUCACGCGUUUUCCAUUACAGACGAGGACAUGAUGAUGGAGGACUCUUAUACAGUCAGCAACAAGCCUCCCAUCAAAGAGAUCGCCCUCGCCCUCGCCCUUCUCGUCACCGGCACUCUGGGCCUUGUAAUCGGCAUCCUCAUGGCCUACAACCAUGUCGGCGGCGACAAAGCCCACGGGUUAUUUUUUGCGAUACUUGGUGGGAUCUUGUUUCUUCCGGGCUUCUAUUACACGCGGAUUGCUUACUAUGCGUAUAAAGGGUACAAGGGCUUCUCCUUCUCCAACAUUCCACCUGUGUAGCAGCAGCAUUCCAUUACUCCAUUUCUUCUGCGUCCAACUUCACAUGUACAGAUCCCUGCUUAAUUUUUAGUGUUUUUGUUGUAAUGGGUUUUGUUUAUUUUUCUUAUUUUUUUAAAUGUGCUUGUUAUAUAUACUGAUUGUUCGUACUAGAGGAAGAGUUUGUUUUUUAAGCGUGGAUUAAUAGUGAACGUCUACUCAUUAUCCUGUUACAUGAGCUGUGUAGGGGAAAUACUCAGUACAUACAUUAUGAGUAAAUAAAAAGAGCUGUGUUUUUUCCCCCUUUA